UUUGAACAAUUUUAAACAGGUACAUUCAAUGAUAUGGAUCAUCACCAAGUAGCAGCCCUUGCAAGUUGUUUCAUUCCAGUAGAUAAAUCAAGUGAACAAAUACAGUGAGGACAGAGAUUGCUAAACCAUUACAGCAGCUCCAAGAAAGUGCAAGAAAAAUAGCCGAGAUACAACAUGAAUGCAAAUGGAUGUAAACAUCGACGAGUAUGUAGAAUCAACAGUGAGACCAUUCUUGAUGGACGUGAUUUAUUGUUGGUCAAAGGGUGCAACUUUUGCAGAGGUAAUUCAGAUGACUGAUAUAUUUGAGGGUAGCAUUAUUAGGAGUGCUAGAAGGCUUGAUGAGUUUCUAAACCAGCUCCGUACCGCUGCUCAAGCUGUCGGAGAAGCUGAUUUGGAGAAGAAGUUUGCUGCGGCAAGUGAAGCCUACGCCGAGGUAUCAUGUUUGCCAACUCCCUUAUCUGUAGAUGUGUUUUUUACUAUGCAAUGGACAUAAAGCUUUGUAUGGUCUAAUGAUAUAAGCUGACCACCAUAGAUUUUAUCCUCUUCUUCUUCUCAACUUUUACCCAGCAUUUUUUCCAUUCCAUCCCGUUUUAGUUUCUAUGGGACUGUACCUCUAAUUUGCUUAUUUCAUCUGAUUUGUAAUAAUGCACCAACUUAGUAGCUUUAGAUGAUUUUUUUUU